AUAAUGAACAACUGAACACGUUACACACUGGGACCUUUAAGCGUCUUUUGUAAGUCAAGACAUGUAGGUUUUCUCUUUCUAAUCAUGGAGUGAGAAAGUGAUCCUUCUACGCUCGCUGGAUUCUACCGUUCAGACCGUGUCCGAGCGUUUCCCGUCCCUCCCCCUUGCCUCGGCGAGCAGAGCAGGUUGUUCGGUAGUUCCUCGGUGGCUCCGCCCACCUCUCGGAGGGGGAGAUGGCGGCGGCCAUCGCCAGCUCCCUGAUCCGCCAGCGGCGUCAGGCACGUGAGACCAACAACGAAAAGGUCGCCACCAACAAGAGACGCACCAGUCCCACCAAAGACAAAGUCUCGCUGUGUGAGAGAAACAUCUUCAGCGUCUUCAGCAAAGUUCGCUUCUGCAGCGGGAAGAAAAGGCCGGUACGCCGGAAACCAGAGCCCCAGCUGAAGGGCAUAGUGACGCGUCUGUUCAGCGAGCAGGGCUUCUUCCUGCAGAUGCAACCUGAUGGAGUCAUCAGUGGGAACAAGGACGAGAACAGCGACUACACGCUGUUUAACCUGAUCCCGGUGGGUUUGAGGGUUGUGGCCAUGCAGGGAGUGAAGGCUGGACUCUACAUGGCCAUGAACGCAGAGGGAUACCUCUACACAUCAGAUAUCUUCACAGCAGAGUGUAAGUUUAAGGAGUCUGUGUUUGAGAACUACUACGUCAUCUACUCGUCCACGCUGUACCGGCAGCACGAGUCUGGCCGCGCCUGGUUCCUCGGCCUCAACAAGGACGGAGUCGUCAUGAAGGGGAACCGCGUCAAGAAGACCAAGCCCUGCUCGCACUUCGUCCCCAGACCCAUCGAAGUCUGCAUGUACAAGGAGCCGUCGCUGCACGAGCUGGAGGAGAAGCUGCUGAAGUUGUCGCGGAGCCCGACGAUGAACGGCGAGGAGCGGCCGGACGCCGAGCCGGCAGAGGAGGAACCGGAGGACGACCUCACAGAGCGGGACGGAUUAUAGCCUGCAGCGCCCAACCCCUGCAGGCCGAACUCCCAUUUUAACACUCCCUCUGUUCAGCAACAAAAGCAACUACAACGACAACAAACGCCAUGACGACGACUACGCCGGCGACAACGAAGAAAACAAAGCUAAAAAAAAAGCUAAAAAAAAAAAAAAAGUGGAAAAAAUCUUCUUGCU